AAAGAAGAAGCCCGUAUGCGCGCGCUACUUGGUUCAGGAAGUUUCUGCCCACUGCUGAAGUGGACGUGUUCUCUUGUUGAAAACAUUAGCUGAAAAUGGCAAAUGUCCUCGGAGUCACUGGUGCAUCAUCAUUCGGAGAUGAAGACAGUUUGCACCAACAGGUUUUGGCCUCCUUUCCACUCUGUGACAUGACCGAAGACGACCUGAGACAGAACCCUCAGCUCUGUAAACUCUUGGCGACUCUUGCACAACAUGUGGAUAAAACAGGACUUACCAACCCUCUGAAAACUGAGUUGAAAAAGGCUGAGCAAAAGCUGCAGAGCCAGAAACGUAGAUGGCUGCGCUCCGAGACCCUCCACAGAUCACUGCAGGAGAUUAUCCAGGAAUAUAGUGUCCAGAAGCAUCAUUCUACUGUACCACCGGACCAGAAGAUGUUUUAUGAGACAAUGGAAAGAUGCCUUGUUGUGGCCAUGUGUGCCAGACAGUUGGAUCUCAGCAACACCACCAAGCAGGAUCAGCCCUUUGUUUUGGGUUUGACUCCCCCACAGGUGAUGGAGCUCAUGCCUUCAGAGAAGAAUGUGCAAAAAAUGAAGCAGAUUCUACCCAGAGAGCUGGAGGAACAUCUAAAGAAAAAGUGUCUCAGCUUCCUCUCCUACUAUCAACCUGAAUGUGAGAAUCAGAGUGAAAGUCUAAAGAGCUGUAAAUUGUCUCAUCUGUCAACCCAAAUGGAAAAAGACAAAAAAAGAGUCAAGAUUCUUAUGGAGAGCUACCAUGAAAAGGCAGUUCUCCUGCAAAGACUGACACAACUGUACCUUUCUGAAAUGACCAAAUGUGUGCAGCUCCUGCAGUCGCUCAUCUUGGAGCGCUGUUUAACAGUCCAGGCAGAUUUGGACAAAAAGAAGUUGGAAUACUUUGAAGGCAAAUGUGAAUUAGUCUUGCAGAAGAUAAGAGAUGAGGUGGCUGGGAUUCAGCUGGACACGUACACAGCCAACACAAUAUCUGCUCACAGAAAAAUCCGGACAAAGCUGGAGUCAGAGCUGCAAGCCUGUCAGGUGGAGAAACAGUCUGUGGAGUUAAAACUUUCCUCCUUUCAGAUCUUGGGCAAAGAAUUUGAGGCCCUGGCUGAGGAGUACUGCAAAUUUCGAGAAGAGAUCGACAUGAAAAGCUGGGCUUUGAAGGAAUUCACUAAGGACAACAUAAAUUGAAUAUCAUAUCUGAUCACUGACAUCAAAAUAGUUUAAUACUUAUUUUGUCUCUAACAUUAUAAAGAAGAAUUGACUACCUUC